CACAGGUCGGAAGGCGACCAGUUUCAUGGCGCUUUUCAGUUCGACCCCCCGAAACCGUGGCGUGGCGAUCGAAAGAGCGUCGACUUGACUUCGUGGCGAUCUUGAGCGGUCCAAUCUUCUCGAUUUCCUCCGAUCUUUCGAUGUCCUCAGAUCUUCUGAGAAGCCGAGCAGGAGAAAAGAACGGAAGGUCCGGGCGACCAGCUUAGCACGUCGACGCUCAACUUGGCUCAAAAGAAAUUGAGAUAGAAAUCUGAGUGGGUGCGAAUUCGGGUCCUGUGGAACGUCCUGUGCGCAUUUGGACCAUUCCAUGUCGACCAUCAUCUACUUGGAGCAAAUGCUCUCACAAUCUGAGCAUAGUGAGCGGUUCCACCACUCAACGAUGCCAACUGUGAGAGCCAAUGAGAUGUGCCAGUGUAGCAAUGCCUGUGUCCUCUUCCAUUCAGAGUAUGGCUGUGCCAAGAGCGAGCGUUGUGAAUUCUGCCACCUGUCCCACGAUGUUGACAUCGACUUCACUCGUCCCCGGAGGGCUCGGCGAUUGAAGCUCAGGGACCGGCUCUCACAAUACCUCCGGAGGCACAAACCGGAUCAACCUGAAGUGCAUGCAUCCUUGCAAGCGGAGGCUCAACGGCAUCCAUAUGCACGAUUUGUGAUUAAGGGCAUUUUGCAUGUGCUGGCAUCGCGGAGGGCUUCGAGCACUUCGCAAGAGUUGUUUUGGCUGUAGAGACCCAAAGUCACCGUUGUACAGGUGAACUUGUGCUUGCUUGCGUGCUUCUGCCGUAAGCUUAGCUGCGACUUGACUUUUAGAUUCUAAUUACUUUGGCCUGCUGUGGCAUGCUGUGGCCACUGCUGUGGCCACUGCUGUCGCCACUUUUCGCCUUGGCGAGCUAGUACUUUGCACGUGAUAUGUCUAUUUUUUGGCUUCUGUGAUCCAACGAAGCAGCUCAACGGGUGGGUUCUGGAAGAUUGAUCCGGUGGAUCAUGCAGAGACCUGGUUCCUUGGUUUCAAGGUUUCACUUUUGAACGUCUGCGGACGGUUGCCUUUGUUGUUGAGCCCUGCCUGGCAACAACGUUCGCUCCUGAUUUCAUCAUGGUCGCGUGGGUGGUCGCCAUGACCCGAACUCACGUGGCGCCACCUCAUGGUUUUUGUGGAUGGCGCCACCACCUGGAACUGGUCGAUUGAACAUGAUCCGAAAUCAAGGGGAAAUCAGGGGCCAUAGAUGUUGGCAGGCUCUCCUUGUUGCCGUGAGUCCUUGAGAUUGGCAUGUGAGUCCUUGAGAUUGGCAUGUUUUCGCCA